GCGAAAUUCAGAAUCAGUAGCACCAGCCCCCAUUUCGAAACACAAUAGUUUUGGAUAAAGGAAACCUCCCCAAUCGUUGAAAAAGGAUAACAUUUAGGCCCUACAAAUGGCUGCUUCAUCCGGACUUUUCGCCAUUUUGGCCGCAUCGCUUCUGGCCUCCGUUAGUGGUCAGACCGCAUGUCUCUAUGCAACCAGUUCAACUACAACAUACGUCGCGAAUCCCACUUCAUGUCAGGCUUGGAUUGCAUGUAACAGUGGAAAAAUUGUGAAUACAGGAACAUGUGCUACAGGAUAUCUUUUCAAUAACGCCACUGGGGCCUGUGAAACCGCCAGCAGUGUUACAUGUACAGACUCUUCACUUGAGAACAUUUGUGUAGGCCAAGCCGAUGGCUCUUAUGUUGCUAACCCGGACAACUGCAAAUCCUAUUUCUAUUGUGACAAUUCUAUUGGAUAUGCUGGCUUAUGUAACAGUAACUACCAUUGGAAUUCCACGUUGAAAGUUUGCGAAUAUGCUGCCAAUUACACCUGCCCGGCUUCUGGUUCCUCCAAGAGCGCCACAUCUACCCUUACUUGUUCCGAUGUCCCGGAUGGAACUUUCCUACCAAGUAAUACAAGUUGCUCUGCUUACUAUGUCUGCGAAGGUGGAAAAGCUAUAGCUGGCUCAUGUAAUGCCAGCAUUCCUCUCUAUUUUGAUGCAACGACUGGAACUUGCGGCUAUGCAUCUGACGUCACAUGUGACAUAUCGGGCACGGACGAAAGCGACCAGAUUUCGGUACCAUAUAAUUACACUGCCAUCUGUGGAACCACUAAUAGCACCGCCCAUUUCGCCAGUGAUCCAGCUAACUGUACAGGCUAUUUCUACUGCAGCGACAGCACUGAUGCCAGUCCGUCUCAUGGAUACUGUCCAGAUAGCCUCUACUUCAACGCAACCACCCAAGAAUGUGCCAGUCCAUCAACUGUUAAUUGUACCAUUCAAGCAUGCGUAAACCAGCCUGUUGGAUACUUUGCCACCAAUGACGCCAGCUGUGCUUCUUACUACUAUUGUUCGCCUACUGGCAAACAGGCAGGAAACUGUACAACAGGAUACUACUUUGACGUUGAAAAUCAGGACUGCAAUUCACCUUCGGCGGUGACGUGCACCAUUUCAAGCAAUUCAACCACAACGUAAAACCUUGCCUCCAACCGCGAACUCAACCUCCAUCAAAAACUGCAACUACGAGUUCACCUUCGACCAUGUAGGCUUCAUUUGAAUUUUGUAGAAAAUUUGUCAAUCCUGAUUUCAAACGUUUCGGCAAACUCUCAGCCAUUAUAGGCAUACGUCAAGAAAAUAUUGAUUGUAAGGUUUCGAGUAAAAGUUCAGAAAAUAAAAAU